AAACCCUAAACCCUCUCUCUCACUCUAUAUAUAACCAUCCUCUACACUAAAACCCUAGCCACUCUCGAACACUGUACUCCUCCGCUUCUUCAUCAAGGUUUAAAAAUGGCAAAAAACCCAAAGGUUUUCUUCGACAUAUUAAUUGGAAAGAACAAGGCUGGUCGGGUUGUCAUGGAAUUGUUUUCAGAUGUUACACCCAAAACCGCUGAGAACUUUCGAGCCCUCUGCACGGGGGAGAAAGGAAUUGGGAAUUCAGGGAAGCCCUUACAUUACAAGGGCUCUGCAUUUCACCGCAUUAUUCCUGGCUUCAUGUGCCAAGGUGGAGAUUUCACGAGGGGUAAUGGAACAGGCGGAGAAUCCAUAUAUGGACUGAAGUUUGAAGACGAGAAUUUCAAACUGAAGCACACCGAGCCCGGCCUUCUUUCCAUGGCAAACGCCGGGCGAAACACUAAUGGAUCUCAGUUCUUUAUCACCACGGUUAAUACUACAUGGCUUGAUGGGAAGCACGUCGUGUUUGGGAAGGUGGUUGAUGGAUAUAGUGUUGUCAAAGCGAUGGAAUGUGUGGGUUCGGAGUCUGGGAAGCCUGCAUCACAGGUUGUGAUUGAAGAUUGUGGACAGGUAACAGAGAACUAGCUUGUAAUAAUCAACCUUAUGGGGAUAUCGAUUAGUAUUACAACCUUCCUUCUUAUCCAGGCUUGCCAUAGAUUAUAGAUAUGAUGUUUAGCUCAUGUUUAAUUGGCAGACAUUUGAAUAAAUGCAUUCAUAAUUUUACAUUGUAUAUUAUUGCUCUCAAGGAAGACAAUGGAUUAGGGGAAGGUGGUACUGACCAUACAUACCAAGAUUUGGGGCCCUCAAAUUAUUUGUAGAUUUAGUGGCAAA